GCAAGCGUCAUCCAAGUCGCUGGGGCAGGCCUCAAACUGUCCCAGACACUCUACCAAUAUGCAGAGACCGUAGCAUCAGCAGACCGCAGAAUCAAGGAUAUUGCGAAGGACGUUGAACUGACUUCAUUUGUCAUCGACGAACUCGCACAUGUUUUCAAGCAGGAUGAAACCGCAACGGUGCUCUCAAAAAAAGCCGUGAAAACGGCGGACGAGACAGUUCGCGAGUGCUCCACGGUCUUCGCUGAGCUAGAUGCCGCGCUUAAAAAGACGAAAAAGAAUACACUAGGACGACUCAUGCUUCCAUUCCGCGAAUCCAAAAUAGACCUACUGAGAAGCCACAUCGACAAGUUAAAGAGCACACUACAGUUACUGAUGCAAGUCUUGACACAUGCGCACCAGAUCGCUUCUCAGAAGCUCGAUCGAGAGGCUGAAGUAGCCCAACGCGAGCAGAUCAAAGCCUUGAUUCAGGGCAAAAAGGAGUCUACAAAACGGUAUGAAGCGUCCUUGAGAAAUUACAGCCUCAGUGAGGAUAGUACAGCCUAUGAUGAGGAUGACGACGCCAAUAAGGAUAUUCAGUAUCCGAGCGCUUCGGCCAGCAUGGCUGUUCUUUCGUCUUCAAUUACCUCAACUAUCACGAAUGAAAGCCUAGCAACAUGCGUAUCUUACAUUUAUGACCUCAUGGGAGAUAUCGAGAAAUUGCAGCAAGUGCUUUCCAAUCCUGUGCAAGAAGAGAAUCCAUCGGAACAUCAGCAAUCGCUUAUUGGGACCUACUUUCGGGCUCGGGAACAUCUAGAUAUGGUGAUCUUGGGAAGCUCCAAAGGUGUUCAAAAG